AUGCCACGAGGAUCCGAAUACAGCGACGAAAAGCGCGCAGCCGCAUUGAUAAUGUUUCUCAUUCACAAAGCCUCACAUAGCGACGUGGAAGCCAAAACAGGCGUCUCCAAGACCGCCAUACGCCAACUCUCGUCACGCGCACACAAGGCCGGCGUAGACAAGACAAGCAUAGAAGAGUUGAUCGUGUUUGCACGUACAAAGCCUCGAAAGGGUCGGCCGCGAAGGGAUGCUACGAUAGGAGCACAGCCAUCACCGUCAGAGGGACACCAAGGCGAGGAGACAACGCAGUCACUCCGAGGCAACACGGUAGCGGCCAACGCAGGACCUUGCGAUCGACCGGCACCUGCGACUGCUAUGGCGAACUCGAGGACGGCUGAGGGCGAGGACUUGUUCCAGGUCAUUAAGAGCUGGGAGCAACGCAAGAACGAAGCGAUAGACACGUCUUAUGCUGGAAUCGCCAAAGAGCAAGCAUGA